CAACAUAAACAAUAAACACAGGAGGAAGAGGAGAGAGAAAGCUCGGAGGAGAGAGGAAGAGAGAGAAAGCUCGUCUCUCUCUGCUCUGUGAGUUUGUUUUGGUGCAAAAUCAUCUUCGAUUGUUGUUUAUCAGUUAUAAUAAUCUCUAACUUUUAUUUGCAUUCAUUGAUUAUCAGUGUUUCUGUAGAAAAUUUUGAUCGAUUCAAUAUUUGUUUAUUUGUUCUUUGGGAAUAGUCUAACGGAUUUUCAAGUAUAGAGGGCACUAAUUAGAAUCCGUCUUCCAGAGAUUUACGGAGAUCACUUUUGAUUUUUUUUUAUUCCGUACAAAGAAACCCUAGUUUUGAUGAUGGCUACACCUACUACUAACCCGGCUCCGGCACAUCAUUCUCACUCCGGCACCGGAACCGGAACCGGCGCCGGUGGUCCCAACAGUCCACAGCAGUCACGGCGAUCAUCAGCCGGGCGUGGCGUUUCCUCACCUUGGAUACAGGUUGUUCGCACUGGCGAAUCAGAAUCUACCGUUGCGGUCACCUCCUCUUCACCUCCACUUUCUCCUCCGGCGUCUUGUGAGCAAGUUGUUCACUCCUCUGAUUGUUCGCCUCCUGAUGAAGUGGUGAUAGCCGGUUAUGCAUCUUCCUUAUCGCCAGAAGAUGCUGCUAUAGACACUCAGCUUGAGAGUGACACCAACAGCAAUGGGGCUAAAAAGCCGGCUUGGAAUAAACCGUCAAAUGGUGCAGCUGAUGUUAGUCCUGUUAUGGGUGCUGUCUCUUGGCCUGCUCUCUCUGACUCCACUAAGGCUUCACCUAAAUUGCCUUCUUCUGAUUCACUCAAAUCUCUGUCCGACGGAUCAGUUUCUGUAACAGAGGGCACUGGGAUGGCAUCAGCUUCUCAUAGGCAAGCUAAUACUAACAAUGUGAACCCUAACACUAUGCUGAACCAUGUUGUACCCAGCCGCCAAAGAUUUAUGAAGCGCGGUGGUGGUAAUUCAAACCAUAAUGCAUCAGCCAAUGGUGGCUUUUCUCAGCAACAGGCACAAGGUUUUGAGGUGGAAACAGUCUUUAAUAAUUCUGCAAAGUCAGGUAAUUCUGGUGCUGAGUCUUCUUCUAGGGAUAAUAAUAAUUAUAGGAAUGGUGGACAAUGGGGAGGAUUUGGAUCUCAAUCACAUGGUGGAAAUGACUACCAACAUCAACGAAAUGCAAAUAGGAGAGGCAAUGUUGGUCCACACCCCCGUGGAGAUGGCACAUAUUAUAAUGGUUAUGGGGGUAGGCGUGAUCAGGAACGUCGAAAUCCAGAUUGGAAACCCCACAGAAGUUGGGGGAAUAGGGAUGCACACAUGCAGCCACAGAGAGGUCCAGCUAGGCCAUUUAUGGGGGGCCCACCUCAUACAUCUCCACCUUUUAUACCUACCCCCAUGCCUGUACAGCCCUAUCGACCUCCCAUGGUUUACUCUGAAGUUCCACCAUUAUUUUAUUUUCCAGGUCCGUUCCCUGAUUCACUCAGAAUGCCUAUGCUUUCUCCUGUACCACCUGUCUACGUUCAUGUUCCAGAUACCCAGUUGCAUACUAGAAUAGUGAACCAGAUAGAUUAUUAUUUCAGUAAUGAGAAUUUAAUUAAGGACACAUUCUUGCGACAAAACAUGGAUGAACAGGGAUGGGUUCCAGUUACGCUAAUAGCAGGCUUCAAGAAAGUAAUGGAGUUGACAGAUAAUAUACAACUGAUUCUGAAUGUUAUGAGGUCCUCUACUGUUGUAGAAGUGCAGGGUGAAAAGUUAAGGCGGAGAAAUGACUGGUUUCAUUGGCUGAUACCACCAUCAGUACAGAAUUCAACCAUGUCAAGUCCGCGAUCUCCUCAAAUGUCUGGUCCUGAUUUGCUUGCAGAAAAUCUCCAACGUGUUGUAUUUGAUUAUAACACUACAGGACAUGGAAAUGCUGAAGCACAUCUUAGUAGAUCAUCAUCUACUGAAUUAAGUACUCCAUUUACGCAGUUUGGCAAUGAGAUGGCUGAACAGGCUGAUGCUCAGAAUUCACAGCUAAUGCCACUUGGAAAUCCAAGUUAAAGAGUUAACUCUUCUGGAGUGAAGAGUGAAGUCCAGAGGUUGGUAGCUGUUGUGCUUCUUCAAGCAAUCAAUGAGUUUUAGUUUAUACUGUUGGUGGUGGUUCUGACAUCUCAUGAAGGAACUAGGCAGGGAAUAAAAGGAUAACAAACAUAAUUGGCAAUAGAAUUAUAAUGUCUUUAAGCAUUCUUGUAGCUUGAUUUUGUUGGGAUGUAUAUUUUGUUUUGUUGGGGACAAGUAUUUUCUUUUCCUUUAUGUUAUGUUCCUUUGUCGUGGUUAUUUAUUAUACAGGUCUGGGCAAUUUUGGUUCUACUUCCCAUGCAGCCCCCCAGCUUUAUCUUCUUAAGCCAAAAUCCUUGGGGCAGGCUUACUGAAAGGUAUGAAGUUGCUGGCUUCUGAUCUUUUGUCAGAAUGGUCCUGUGAAGACUUUUGUGCUGGCCCUGGGCACUUGGUUGUCUUGUUAUUGUCUUUCUGUUUGUUUCAAAUCUAGCACCAUUGACUCUUUUAUAUUUACUAGUUAUAGGGAACGUGUGUUGCACGUUUGUCUACUACUAUUUUAUAAAAUUUACACAAACAUAAUUUUAUGUCGAUA